AUGGCUUCUGAAUCUCGGUUAUAUGCGUUCUCUCCGGAGACAAAGGAGAAACUGCGCAAGUUUCGUCUGGGAACUUCUAGAGCAAAGGAUCCUCAAGCUAUAAUAUGUAAGGCUCACCUUCUCUCACGCCGACCGUUACGCCGCCGAUGCCAAGUGUAUAAUAAGUUGACGGUCAACCUACUAGACAUCAUCGACCAAAAGAGCCAAGAGAUUCGUCCUGAAAAUGGCGAAGUGUACACGAAGAUGACAGAUGUGGCCGACGAGCUCCCUGACUCAUCGCCCCGUUUCAUUCUCCUGAGCUAUCCUUUAACUCUGAAAUCCGGUCGUCCCUCGGUUCCUUACGUCCUUCUCUACUGGCUCCCAGAAAACUGCAACCCAAAUUCGCGAAUGAUGUACGCUGGCGCCGUUGAAUUGAUGCGCAACACCGCACAAGUCAAUCGCGUGAUUGAAGUUGAGGAAGAGGAUGACAUUAUCUCCAUUGAAUCGAAACUGCAGAGUGAGGACUGA